UAGCCAUGCGGUGCAGGAGAUGCUUGCAGCCGCAGCGGAACACAGACAACAAUGUGUGGGAAGGAAGCUGAACCUCUGAACAACAAGUGACUGAUCAUGGCCAGAGACGGUGCUCGGAGCCGAGCAACAGACCCUGAUCCCGGGGGCCUGACACCGGUAAAGAUGCCCAUCAGACAGAAACCAUCCGGAGGAGCAGGGGACGCGGAGGGGUCUCUGCGGGAGCUGCCUCGAUGGAUGCGGCUGUACUUCUACGGGAUGCACGGCGUGACUCUGGAUGUCCUGCUCUCGUCGCUGCAGGGGUUUUUAAACCACAGAGACCCCAAACUGGUGGGCUUCUCUUCCCCGUAUCUGUGCGUCAUGCAUUCACUGACCCACUUCGCGCUGGAGAAGAUCUUCUCACAGAAAAGGUGUUUCCGAGAUCGGCCUGUGGUCUUCCAUCUGGUUUUCUACCCCUCCAUCUACAUCGGGCUGCAGAUCCUCAUCGGGAACAUCAACACCCUGACGGAGCAGGUGAGGGUGGUGUCCGGCACGCAGCUGGUGGUGCAUUACAUCCUGGCUCUGUAUUUUGGACUGGUGUUCCACAGAGGGCUGUCAAAACUGAGGUUGCACACCCCCUGCACCCCAGACCCUGCAUGCAAACCCAGCCUGGUGGACAGAGGUCAUGAUCCCCUUCAAGGUCUGCCAGGCGUUGUGCGUUUCCUGUUCUUUGGGAUGCACGGCUUUCUGGAUGAGGUGGUCUUCACCUCUGUUUUUAACCUGGUGGAGAAGUCUGACCGGAGCCUGAGUGGCCACACAUCCCUGUGGUCCUUCCUGAUGUACGGCAGCUGCAGCUUCCUGGUGGAGAAGCUCUACUUCCACCUGCGCUUCAGGAGAGGCUGGGGCCCGUGGCGGAGGCUCCCCUUCUACGUCUGCUUCAUCUACGCCUGGGAGUUCUCCUGGGGCCUGGUCCUCCGGCAGUUCGGAGCCUGCUCCUGGGACUACUCCCACUACCCCUACAACUUCAUGGGCCUCAUCACGUUGCUGUACCUGCCGGGCUGGGUUGGCAUCAGCCUGUAUCAGGACGUGCUCUCCAACGCCCUGCUGAGGAUCAAGUGCACCACAGAUGUGACCGGUCUGAGCGAGGGCAAUGGAGAGGUCAACGGUCAACUGGAGAAAAAAAUACUGUAAAUGUGUAUUUUUUUACGUUUAACUCAAGGGAAAGUCUUGCAGACAUUGGACUAACAGAGAUUAAUAAAGAAAAUAGGGACAUAGGUUUCAAUAUUAUUCGAUAUGUCUGGAUCCAAAACACAGGUCAAACACAACUAACCCUGAACUGCUCACCUAUCUGUUCACAUAUGACCUACUGCCAUUUUUAUCUGUCCGAUGUCAAAUAUAGGUGUAUUAUUAAUAUUUUAACAGUUUUCAGGACUUUGGUAGUGUGACUUUUCAGUGACAGACUUGCCAUACAUAACAUGAAUUAUGGCAGGUCUAGUUUGAUAUGUCAUUUUUACAUUAGCAUGCUUUAACUGGUUUUUAUAUCUGCAUGAUAAAAGUAGAAACUAAAAUAACAUCAGGAAGGUUUACAGAUUAAGACAUUAGAAAAGCCGUAAGACUCAUAAACAACACAAUUUGUUUUUAAAUGUUAAUCUCUUGUUCUUUUUUAAUCUAAUACCUUUUUUCACUCAUCAUGUGACCCUGGAUUGCAUGGCAACUAUGAGAGUAACCCAUGCAGCAGGCUUAAUAUAUGUAGCAUGGACACCUGUGGCUGAGAGGAUAAGAGGAGCGAUGAAGUGAGAUUUUAGUGUGAAUCUUUUAUAAACCAAACGUUACUCUGCUGCAGUGCCUUCCUGUGCAAACGGACUCAAACAAACAAGGCUUGGUGCCCAUGAGGCUCCACGUUUUUAUAUAAAAAGCACCGCAAAAUUGUUAUUAUAGAAAUAUUCUAACCUUUAGCAUUAAUGGGGGUACAUUUGUUCCAUUAUCAAAACACACCAACAUAAUGCACAUUUAACUACAGCUGUUCUAUAUUCAACACAAACAAAUGCAUAUUCAAUCUAAAUUCUUUGUCAGUGUAACAUGAACUAAGUGUAGUGCAGACAUAUUUUAAAUCAAGAAGUACUUUUUUGUUGUUAAAUAUUCCCUAAAUAAAGCAGAUUCUGACCUACACAUAUGCUUUACAGUGGUUUUAUGCCUUAAGAAACUAUAGUCAGUACCUUGCACUGUGACUGGUAAAUCUUAGCAAACAUGUCUACUCUAUACAACUCCCUUUGUUGGGUAAGUAAACAUUAUUUGGAGUUUGCAUAGCGAGCACCUGAACCUGUGUUAUUCAGAUUUGUAUUAGUCAUUUAGAAAGACACUCCUUGAUCCUUUCUUUAACAUUCGCACUUUUCUGUUACCAUUUUCUAAAAGUUUAGAUAAGCUCUUGAUUUGCCAGAUGCAAAAUCUUGGAAUUGAUUUUAAGUUAAUCUGCUAGAUUUAGAUAUGUGUAUGGGGUUCAGUAACCCUUGUAAAAUAAGGUAAUGAGUUUGUUUAUUAAAUAAUCAAAUUGCAUUUUGUAUGCAAAUAAUUGGAAGGGGUAAUAAUUGGUAUAGACCAUACACUUUAUUUUAUUAAUAAAAAGGUGUAAACAUGUUUAAAUGUCAGAAAUGAUAGAAAAAGCACUGAAGGUUAACAACAUUUCAAUCAGGAGACACGGUUUUGAUGUAAGAAUACAUAUGUAAUGCCAGGAAUACACAAAUGAAUGUAAUGGAGUUUUGGCGAUUAGGCCCCGUUGUUCAGGAAGUAUCAUUCGGGAGGGGAAAACUCCGAUCCGAUGAAACCCCCCGGGGUCUAGACACUGGUGGUGGUGAAUGGAUAGUUGGGUUCGGUCUGAAGGGGUGUGGCUUAGCUUGACCCUGGAUCCGGAGGGACAGGACGGUGAAAAGGGCUGGAGGAGCGUUGCGUUGAGUCUCCUGAAAUGACAGCUGACAGAGGGGGGAGAGCUAUAGCGGAGCGCUAUGAUAGGCUUGUGAGAAUAGAGCGAAUUGGUUAAGCUGGGGAGUGACGCCCCCGAUCACUUAUUGAGAGGAGAGAGAGUAGAAACGUUGCAUAGUAAAUGAAUGAGUAAAGAAGGUUUUCCUGCAUGGUUGAACUUGCGCUGAGCUCCAUUCGUUUGGCAUUAUAGUUUUUUUGUCCAACCUGGCAGCUAGAGGUCCUUAAACAUAUGUGUUCACUAAACCAGAGUGAAGGACUUUGUAGAUCUUUGGCUAACGGACUUUAAUUAUACUUUACUUUGUGCUGUGUCACCCACCAAUUUAAAAGAAAGACCGCAAUGUUUUAAAAAGAGUUUACUCGCAAUGGCAUGUAUUGUAGCCUACGACUUUACUACUGAAUUAAAUUAAAAUUCCUUUUGCACGA